AUGGCUGCUGCAGCUCUUGGGGGCGCUCUGGACUUGGGCCUGUGGGCCACACUUCUCCUCAUCACUUUCCUCCCUCAAGCCAGGGCUGUGGUCGGACACAAAGAGCCAAUACCGGAUGACAGCAAAGACAACAUCACCAUUUUCACUCGCAUUCUCGACAGGCUGUUGGAUGGAUAUGACAACAGACUACGUCCCGGACUUGGAGAGACGGUGACGGAAGUGAGAACAAACAUCUAUGUGACGAGCUUCGGCCCAGUGUCGGAUACAGACAUGGAGUAUACCAUUGAUGUGUUCUUUCGACAAAGCUGGAGAGACGAGAGACUGAAGUUUGAUGGACCCAUGCAGAUUCUGCCACUAAAUAACCUGCUGGCCAGUAAGAUCUGGACCCCCGACACGUUCUUUCACAACGGCAAGAAAUCUGUAGCCCACAACAUGACCACUCCCAACAAAUUGCUCCGGCUAGUGGACAAUGGCACACUUCUCUACACAAUGAGACUGACCAUUCAUGCAGAGUGCCCCAUGCACCUAGAGGAUUUCCCAAUGGAUGCCCACGCCUGUCCCCUGAAAUUUGGGAGUUACGCCUAUACAAACAAUGAGGUGAUUUAUCAUUGGACUCAGGGGGAUGAGAGGUCGCUGGCGGUGGCAGAGGAUGGCUCUCGACUAAACCAGUACGAUUUACUGGGACAUGUCAUUGGCAAAGAGACCAUCAGCUCCAGCACAGGCGAAUAUGUAGUGAUGACAGCAUAUUUCCAUUUGAAAAGGAAAAUUGGCUAUUUUGUGAUUCAGACGUACCUGCCGUGCAUCAUGACUGUCAUACUGUCUCAGGUCUCCUUCUGGCUAAACAGGGAGUCAGUUCCUGCACGGACUGUAUUUGGGGUCACGACUGUCCUAACCAUGACCACCCUGAGCAUCAGUGCUAGAAACUCCCUCCCUAAAGUGGCCUAUGCCACGGCCAUGGACUGGUUCAUGGCUGUGUGCUAUGCCUUUGUCUUCUCUGCAUUGAUUGAGUUUGCAACAGUCAACUACUUCACCAAACGCAGCUGGGCAUGGGAUGGGAAAAGAGAGGGCAUGGAAAUAAGGAGGAGAGAAUCGACUGUUUUGACCAAAAAAGCAAACAACACCUUCAACAUUGUCGGAACAACCUACGCGCUCAAAGACCAGGGUUUGACGACCAUUUCCAAGAGUGCACCUGCAGCAGCAUCAGUCAAACAUACCAUGAGAGGCAUGGAUGACAUUUACACAGAGGCAAAGAAGUCCUACAACCGCGUCAGCAUAGUGGACAAAAUCUCACGCAUCAUUUUCCCGGUUCUCUUCUUUGUCUUCAAUCUAGGCUACUGGGCCACAUACGUCAACAGAAAACCAGCUAUUAUGAAGGCUAACAACCCAAAUGGAAUCUGA